GAGAGAGAGAGAGAGAGAGAGAGAGAGUUUGAUCGGCGUCCUGACUCUGUGUUGUGCAGACGGAAUACUGAGACUCCUGCGUUGGAAGGGAAACCUCUUCAUUCGGCUCCAACGAGGAUUUUAAAUGAAGGCUUCGGGUUUGCUGCUGAGGAUCGCGGAUCUUUGUUCCGUUUAUCUCCCCCGCCGCGGGAUGAGAAGCUGAGGGACGGGGACAGGAGCACCGCGGGGAGACGCUGCGUUCAGCUCGGCAACAAAGAAGCGCUCAGGGAAGCUGCUGAGGCUGAGGGAACGUCAAGUUAUUCCCAACAAACAGAAAGUCGUGCCGCGGAUCCUUCCUCACCAUGCUGCUCCACGGACUGCUCCGCACGGCGGUCUCUCUGCUGCCCUUCAUCCUGCCCGCCUCCUUCAGGGUCAACGCUCAGUACGGAGACCGAGGAAUGUCUAUCCCGGAGCACGGAUUCUGCCAGCCGAUCUCCAUCCCGCUGUGCACGGACAUCGCCUACAACGAGACCAUCAUGCCGAACCUGCUGGGCCACACGAACCAGGAAGACGCGGGACUGGAGGUCCACCAGUUCUACCCCCUGGUGAAGGUGCAGUGCUCCCCGGAUUUAAAGUUCUUCCUCUGCUCCAUGUAUGCGCCCGUGUGCACGGUGCUGGAGCAGGCGCUGCCCCCGUGCCGCUCUCUGUGUGAGCGCGCGCGGCAGGGCUGCGAGGCGCUCAUGAACAAGUUCGGCUUCCAGUGGCCCGACAGCCUCGCGUGCGAGAAGUUCCCGGUGCACGGCGCGGGCGAGCUCUGCGUGGGCCAGAACAUGUCGGACCGCGCAGAGCCGGAGGGGCCCGGGCACUACCCCACCGCGCGCUCCCCGCCCGAGCCCCCGCAAGGUCAGUUCAGGUGCCCGGGGCCCCUCGUCGUCCCCCCCUACCUGAACUACCGCUUCCUGGGGCAGGAGAACUGCGGCGCCCCGUGCGAGCUGAAGAAGUCUCACGGGAUGAUGUACUUCAGCGAGGAGGAGCUGAAAUUUGCUCGAAUUUGGAUCGGAAUCUGGUCGAUCCUGUGCUGCGCCUCCACUCUGUUCACGGUGCUGACCUACCUGGUGGAUAUGAAGCGCUUCAGCUACCCAGAGCGGCCCAUAGUCUUCCUCUCUGGCUGCUACACCAUGGUGUCCAUCGCCUACAUUGCUGGAUUCUUACUGGAAGACAAGGUGGUUUGCAAUGAUCGCUUUGAGAAAGAGAUGAGGACUGUGGUGCAGGGCACCAAGAAGGAGGGCUGCACCAUCCUCUUCAUGAUGCUCUACUUCUUCAGCAUGGCCAGCUCCAUCUGGUGGGUCAUCCUGGCCCUCACCUGGUUCCUGGCGGCCGGGAUGAAGUGGGGCCACGAAGCUAUCGAGGCUAACUCCCAGUACUUCCACCUAGCAGCCUGGGCCGUUCCCGCCAUAAAGACCAUCACCAUCCUGGCAGUGGGCCAGGUGGACGGAGACGUGCUGAGCGGGGUCUGCUUCGUGGGCAUCAACAGCGUGGACGCCCUGCGAGGCUUCGUCCUGGCGCCUCUCUUCGUCUAUCUGUUCAUCGGGACUUCCUUCCUCCUGGCCGGAUUCGUGUCCCUCUUCCGCAUUCGGACCAUCAUGAAACACGACGGCACCAAGACGGAGAAGCUGGAGAAGCUGAUGGUGCGGAUCGGGAUCUUCAGCGUGCUCUACACCGUGCCGGCCACCAUCGUCAUCGCCUGCUACUUCUAUGAGCAGGCCUUCCGUGAGCAGUGGGAGAGGACGUGGGUCAGCCAGUCGUGUAAGACGUACGCCGUGCCGUGCCCCAUCCAGAACCACCCCAACAUGAGCCCGGACUUCACCGUCUUCAUGAUCAAGUAUCUCAUGACGCUCAUAGUGGGAAUCACUUCCGGCUUCUGGAUCUGGUCUGGGAAGACCCUGAACUCAUGGCGGAGGUUUUACACGAGACUGGCCAACAGCAAGCAGGGCGAAACCACAGUGUGACGGGCUUUUCUCAAACUCACUCCUGUUUUUUGGACCCACCAGAGACCUUCGCUCUGUUUUAUUGUACAUACACAUUUGUGAGAUUUUUUAAAAAGUAUAUAUUUGUAUUUAAAGGCUGAAAAAAAUAGUUCAUCUUUUUUCAUCUUUGGAUAUGUUGGAGAAACAUCACAAAAAGCCAGCUAACCGUUGCGAAUCCUGGUGUCUGUCUCAUGACCCGUUUUACUGUGGACACCCAUGGGAGUACUUCACACGGAGUGUUUGUGUCUGUAGGUCGGUGGAGCACUUGUGAGCGAGUGCAGGGUCUAUUCUAAGCAGAGUCCCAUGAAACCCAAGUGCUUCCUCGUGGCCUCCUCUUAUCCUGAUUAACCAGCUGGACUUUGUGUCUGAGGAAGCGAGCUUACGCUUUCUGAGGCCUCGCGUUGGUAUGGAUGUGAGUCACUGAGACAGAUAGUUAUGGACGGUGUAUUUUAUGGGCCCUUGCAGAUGUAACAUUCCUCUGUUAAAGUUAAGAAAAAGAAAAGAAGUUCUUAUUGCCAUGCAAAUGGAAAAUAAGGUUUCUGCUGCAGAGCUCCGGCUCUGAACCAGGACGGUUUUCACUCUUUCUUUUCUUUUCUUCUUUUUUGCAUAUAUGGGAAUCCUUAGUGCCAAAUGCCUUCCUCCACAGAGAUACAAUAAUACAGAAAACCUGAGCAAAAUAAUCUUCAGAGCACAGUCAAAUAAAACAAGGGGAUUUGGGAUUAGGAGAUUUAAGGUAAAAAUAGAAUCAUUUAAAAUAUUUUUUUCCUAAUGAAGAGCUUUUUGGACACCUUGGGAUUUUAGAUGUCACUACAAGGAACUUAUAAAAAAUGUUAAAGAAUAAAAGGCGAAUUUUGGCCGAUGAUAAAUUGCUCUAGGAAUUAUUAUGAUAAACAAUAAUAUAGUUGUUUUGAGACCAUUUUCAUGUAAUAGAAUCAUGAUGGCAAAAUAAUGCAAGGUUGUUCUCUCAAAGAUCAAUGAACUUUAAUUUAGUAAAGAACACUUAAUACUGGAACUGGAAGAUAUUUGAAAUAUUCUCCCCCAAAAGCUUCCGACCAAAACCAAGAAACAAAACGGAAAUAAAAACCACACACCACCGAGACCAUGAAUGAAAUGGAUUGAGGAAAAUUGCUCUGUUUUAUUACAUUAAUUAUCAGAAUGGAAAUUAUUCAGCUGAUUUUAAAUGAUCAUGUGGUCAAUUGAUUUAUUGCUUACUGCGAGAGGCUAGUAACUGAUCAAUGUAGUAAGCUGCUGGUCAUUUAAUAACUUCAACUUUUGCAACCUUUGUUGUGGAACUUUUUCAACUGGCGAUAAAUUGGGCCAUCAAAGGAAAUGUGGUGGAGCUGUUCUAAUUAAAAAAGAUAUGCAAAAAGUUAUUUAGUCAUUGUGUGACCCAUUUUAUUGAGUCAACUGGCUCAAAUGGGGUUAACCACCAAAAUAAAUGGGAAUAAAGAAACAUAGGGCUGGAAACGAUUAAUAGGAUUAAUCAGGUUCAUGACAAUGAAUCGACUAUUGAAAUAAUGAUCAACUAAUUAAGUUAUCAAUUAAUCGUUCAAGUGGAAUGUACAGACUCGUAGACCAUUUCCUAAAUGAAUAACAUAUUCAGAGCAGUAAAUAGCACACAAUAAUGUAUAUUUUUAAUUUUAAAUUAAAACUAUUUCUGUCUGAAUAUGUUUGACAUAAAAAUCAAGUGGCAGUUUCAGGUUAAAAAAAAGGAGAAAAACAUUUCCAACCAACUCUUGCUAUCCAGUUAUUAAUCUUAAUAAAUAACAUCAGGUCAGGCCUGCACUGUAUGGAUGUUCAAUCCAGCUGAAAGGCCUGAGCUUUCCUCAUGUCAAUGUUUGAAGGAUUUUCUUUAGCUGCAGAUUCAUCCUUUGCUCUAAAUGAUCAAGUAAUCACUAAAGGAAUGCUGUUACUGCAUUUUAUGCAGUAAGUGUUUAUUUUCCUAUUUCUAAAAUUAAUUGAAAUAUUUUGCUUGCAUUUCUUAUUGUAUUAAAAAGAUAAAAUCUGCAGAAUGUGCCAGUUUUUAUCUGAUUAAUCCAUUAUUUGGCUGAAUAAUUGAUAGAAUAAUCAAUUACUAAAAUAGCCCCUAGCUGCAGGCCUAAAGUAAAGAUGUCAGAGGAGGAUAUAUGAUUCAACGAAGGUACAUGUGUGAUUUGAGUUUUUUUUGACCAUGUAUCACCAUAAAUGAUGCAAACAGUUAUCAAGUACAAAAUGGCAUUAAGUGUGGAGCUGAAUUUGGAUGGACAAAAGUGGGAUUGUGUUGGUCCAAAAUAAGGGUUCAAACUGGUGAUGGUGUGAAAUGACUCAAAUUAGUUAACAAUUUAAUAUAAUAAAACCUGAUCAUUUACAGAUGUAGAUCAUCUGUUCCUCCACAGCUCAAAAUUAGAGCAUUAAUAUGUUUUGACAAAAUUAAAUGAAGAAGCAGCAGAUGCUUUAAAUUUAUCUGCAAAACUCAUUUAAAGAGAAAAAGCAGCUGGUUUUACUCACAGGUGUGAAAUGAUCAGAUAUCUGUCAAACUCUGAAGAUUUUUGACAGCUGUACAAAUAAUUAGCAGAACAUCUAAAGAAAAUUAAUAUGGAGUGGUUUCAUAAUAACUAUUUUUAGAGGGAAAAAAAAGUAAACCAUGCAUUUUGUGUAUUUUGGAUUUUUAGUGAAGUCUUUCUGGGUCUUUACAGUACUUGACAUAAGAACAAAAUUAGCUAAAAAUGAUAGAAAAAUGUUAGAUGUGCUAGAUGCAAUUUUAAUUCAUAAGGAGGUAAAUCCAAGCAGAAUUAUUGAUGCAGCUGGCCUUGCAGGAUGUAAUCUGCGUUAUUUUGUGGGUAACGAGGCUCUGAAAACGUUCUGGGUCAAAGUGAAAGGCUGUGGGCGCCUCAUGAUGAUGCAUUAGAGGGACAUAAACGCCAGGGCUUUUAUUAAUCCAGCAUGGAAAAUAAUAUUCUGACAGUUUAUGGAGAUGUGUGUUGUCCACAGGAUAGUGGGUCUCCGAGGCUGAACAGGGUGCUGUGAUGGAGGGAUCGGGGUCGGGAUGAGGGGUGGGGGAGAUCCAUGAAUAUGUAACCUUGUUUUUUACUUGGAAGCUGAAUGUUUGAGUUGGUGUUCAAAGGCCUGUCGGUGAGGUGCAGAUUGUGGAGAACAUGGCUGCAAUGCAGGACUGAAGCGCAGCCAGCAGCUUGCAUGUCUUCCACUGCAGAAAGGAAGCGUUGUAUUGAAAUGCAGAGUGGCCACUCACACAUACACACACACACACGCACACACACCUCUGCACGCAGAGACUGCGUAUCCUUGUCGGAUUCUCUUCCACACGGUGCUUCCGAUUCCUAAGAACUCUUUUUUUGUCUUGACGUACCUACAGUUGUCACGGCUUUGAAGUAAUUUUCGUUACCUUUGCUAUGAAGAGGACAUUUUAUAUUUAUAGAAAAAAAUCUUAUAUAAGCACACACGACAUUGAUUUCUUUAUAAAUAAAAAAACAAACUCACCAAUGCAACUUUUGA